AUGGUGAACGCCUGGUUUGCUGAGCGUGUCCACACCAUCCAGCCGUCUGUGUCCAAGGAAAACUCUCCACAGCAGCGAAGCCACCAGUCCUCCUUGGAUCUUUGCCCAUCUUCUAACUCCCCCAUCCUCCCUUCAACACUCACCCUCAUGGACACCCGCUGCCCCUCCCCAGCCACCGUCCCAAGCCCGGCUCCCGGUACCCCGACCCGUAAAAUCUCAGCCUCUGAGUUUGACCGGCCAUUAAGACCCAUCGUGGUUAAAGACUCGGAGGGGUCCCUGACAUUCCUGAGCGACUCGGAGCGAGAGCCUGUCCCUCUGUGUGGUUCAGUGAUGGAGGACAGUGGGGGCGGUGGAGGUCGGGCGGGGGACCGCUGCACCAGGCUGCUGGAGCUGGUGAAGGAAGUAUCAAGUCAUCUGGACGUGACGGCGCUUUGCCAUAAGAUCUUCCUGCAUAUCAACGAGCUGAUUGCGGCGGAUCGAUACUCCCUCUUUCUGGUGGGUGAAGAUAGCUCCAACAGGAAGUUCUUGGUCAGCCGGCUGUUUGACGUUGCUGAGGGAUCCACAUUGGAGGAAUCGUCCAGUAGCUGCAUCCGACUCGAGUGGAACAAGGGGAUAGUUGGACACGUAGCCUCCACAGGACAACCGCUCAAUAUCAAGAAUGCAUAUGAGAGCCACGGCCGGGAGUCCCAGUACCUGUACCCCUUUUACCAGCGUUGA